GAACAUAGUUCAUAAUGCAGACAGAUUUUACAUAUACAUGAUGUGAAACUAUCAUUUAUCACAACAUGAAAUCAAUUGAUGACACUGAGGGAGAUCUGAAAGAAGAAACAUCAUUGCAAUUACAACAGCAACACAUGGAAGCAAGAACUAUGUGGAUGAAGUUUGGUUCAAGAUUAAGCCAUUUACAUUUUCUUGGCAAAGAUGUAAUAGCAACAAGAAUUGGCUCUCAUAUUCUGUUUCAUGACCUAUCAACUCAUACAGAUACAAUUUACACUGCCAAUAACCACACAUCUGGAGAUGGGAUUUCAUGUGUUGCUGGUCAUCAAAACACUACUGUAUUUGCAUUUGGUGAAAAGUGCACUAAUCCAUGCAUUUUUAUUAAGCAGUAUCCAAGUUUUUCAACUGUUUCUGUGCUUAAAGGUGGAAGUGGCAGCUAUUAUAAAUCUGUUGACUUCUCAGAAAUGGGAUUUCUGAUUUCCUUGAGUUCACUGCCAGAUUUUGAAAUCACAGUAUGGAAUUGGAGAACUGCAGAAAAACUGGUCUCACAAAAGACUGGUAUCAACAAUGAGAAUCAGAUACUCAGAUGCAGUCAAGCUAUACCCCCAGUGGUAAGCCAAGUGGCAGUAGACUCUUCAAAACUUCUUCUGUGGGAGUUACAUGCAUGCUGCAGAAAGUGUAUACUGACCAGAGUAGAGUUUAAUAUUGAUGCUGCUGUACUGCCAUAUAUGUUUACAUGGUCACCUGAUGGUACGCUGUUCCUUGUAGAUGCAACUGGAAGAGUAUUCACGAUUGAAGUUGAAAAAAGAAAACUGCAGCACAUCUUCAGCUGGGCAGGAGGGCUGGGUACUGCAAAGUCAUUUAUUGUCUGGUACAAGACAGGAAUAGUGGUGUCAGGACCAAGUGGAGAACUUAAUUAUUACAAGAAAGUUGCUGCAACUGAAUGGCAAAUUAUAUGGUCAUUUCUUCCUGAAGUACAGUUAGCUGUCUUGUCAUCAUGUCCAGGGAAUGAUUAUCUUAUAGCAAUGUCAAAAGAGGCUGACCUGUUGCAGUUUAAUAUUGAUGAUGAAAGACCUAAGUUUAUUAAAAUUGGCUCUUAUGGGAGGAAUUUUGUAUAUCUCUGUUUUAUUAAUCCAUCUGGUGAUCAUAUUGCAACCCUGAAUGCAAGUGGAUUUAUAAAUAUCUGGGCUGUGAAUAGUGGAAACUUGGUGGGUGAACUGGGAUGGAAUAAAAAAUGUCUCGUAAUGGUAUCCAAUCCUCUUCAACCCUAUUUAGUACUUGGAAGAGAUGAUGGAAUUGUGGACUUCAUAAACGUAUUUGCAUCCGAUAAUCCAAAGAUUCUAACUGCAGUCAAUCUUUGCAAUGAAGGAAUAUCUGGUAUUCAGAUUUCUCAACAGGGAAAUUAUGUAGUGGCUUGCACUGUGAAAACAGGGAUCUUCUUUGUCAUUGAGAGCAAUCCAGGAGUCCAGAUUGAAGUGAAAUCAUUCAUAAAUGCAAAAGUAAAAGUUGUCAACUUCUUCGCUGUAGAGCUUAUGGCUGUGUUAAAAAUUGUGGCUCUUAUAUCCACAAGACUUUGCUGUCCCUCUGGAAAUAAAAUUAUUGUAUUCUCAAUGGCAUGUGGAUCUAAAGAAGUGAUUCAGCAAACCUUCAUAGACCUGCCUGGAUUAUAUUCAGGAUUCUGUAUCAAUCCAUUUGGCAAGUUUGAAUUCUAUGCUAUACCACAUUGCUCUCGACAGCUUCACUUACUACAUAUAUCACUUGAGACAGAACAGUUACAAUUGAUGGAUGCAAGAUUAACUGGUCACCAACUAAGAAAGUAUGGAAUGAAUGUGACAGAGCAUAACAUUCUUACAUAUGGCUUAGAUGGAAUGGCUAUUCUUCUUUCAGUUGAAACAAAAGAUUGCAUAGUCUAUGUAAUACCUCAUCACCGCAUGGAUUUAGGAAUUAAGACUGCAAUAGCAAGUCCACUGAACACAUAUAUAAUAUCUUUAGGGCAGGAUGGAAGUAUGAUCUGCACAUACACUGGAACUAAAACAGACCAACUGAAAGAAACCCCUAUGAGCUCUGUCCCAUUAACAGAAGAAAUCUGUCAUACGUACACUCAAAGACAAACAUCAGGAUUUACCAAAAUGAUAGGAACCAAGAAUGGUAGGUCAUGGUUAGAGUUGCAGGAGGAUAUCAAAGUAAUGCAAGAAGCUGCUCUGUGGAAUGAAGAAAAGGUAGAACUGCAUAAACAGUUCAGAAGUAUUCAGAAAGAGUGUGUGGCGUUGCUGGAGAAAAAUUAUAUAAAUCCACCCAAUGAAAAGGUUCCAGUCAGUGCAUUUCAUGUGGAUGAAGAAACUAGAACUGAAAAAAUAAGAAAAACUCAAAAUAAAUGUAAAGAAAUCGAGCUUUAUCUGAAAGCAUUAAUUGUUGCACAAGAUAAAUUAUGUGAAACUUUAAAACAGAGGUACUGGAAUACAGCUGAGACAAAGGGCAGGAAACUGAAGGCCAUAAUGGGAGAAGCUGAAGUGGAAAACUAUCCUUUAUUUCCUAAAGAUGUCUCUUAUAAAGAAGAAGUGGGGUGGAUUAUAGAACACACAAAACUAGAAGUACAAAUGCAGGAAGGAAACUGCUUCUCACCUUGGGAUGCAAGUGAUGAAUGUUCUGAAGUGUCUCAUCAUUCAUCAUUGGGAGCAUUGCAUAACGUUAGUCAUGCUACACAAAAAAUUACAUCCAUAGGAACAAUACAUGAGGAAGUGGAAGAAGAAGAACAAAUAAACCGGUUUUCCCUCACUGGUUCAUCCAGCUAUCACUUCAUGGAACCAUGUGCUUAUCAUCAUAAUCAGUUUGAACUUGCUACUUAUCAUCAAAUGCACAAUGAAAUUAUUCUACUGACGGGUGUUUGUACAGACCUUCGUACCUACUUCAAUAAGCAUUUUGAUAAUAUAUAUGCCUUAAAAGAAAGAGAAAUGCUUUUGGUGACAGAACGAAAUGCACGUUUACGUUACAUUCUCUCUGAAAUGAAUAACAUAUGGACAGAAAUAGUUGAUCCUGAAUGGAGUCAAGAAGAGCAACCAGAGAGACUAAUGAAAGUAGAUGAGAAUGAGGUUAGCAUAACACCAUGUAUUUCAGACAACCAGCAGGAGAUCUUGGAAAAAUUAACCGCCAAGGCAGAGGCACAUCCUCUUGCACAACUGGCUGACAACUUUCAUGAUAAAGCACUCUUCGCAAUGAUGGAUGGUGUUUUGGAAGUGCGAUGGGAAGAUGAGCUAAAGAAAGAUAUACCAAAACCUAAAUGCAUGCUUGAAAAAUCUCCAGAAGAUUAUAACGAAGAAGAUCUAGGAGUGAUAAAGGAUUACAAUGAGAAAGUGGCACUUCGUUUCAGUGACCGUGCACACUAUAGAAAGAUGCUUGAGACAGAGUUUCAUGAACUCUCACAGACUCUCAAAGAUGAUGUAAUGAAGUUUAAUAGCCAACUUGCUGAUUUGUUCCUUUUGAAGCUCAAAAUUGAGGCAGCCAUUGGACAAGAAACAUUAAAGAUUGAGCGAUACAAGUAUAUGGUUCAUAAACGACUGUGCCUUAACCAACAGGAGGAGAAACUAAAGAUUGAAGUAAUGAAGCAAGAAUCUUCCAAUUCAGCUCUACAAGAACAAAUUCAGCAACUGCAAAUUUGGACAAAUGACUGUCGUGCUACAUAUGAUGUUGUAGUUUCCCGUGAGAAGCAUCUGGAGAAGAACUUCAAGAAGGAUUUCCCUGAAGUGUCACAGGUUGUUCUGGAACAGCUGUUAAAAUUUUACAGACGUCGUCCCAACAUGCACCAACAUGCACAAACAUCAGUGAUAUUGUUGAAUGAAUUAUCUCAGUGGACAGUAUCUGCAGGCAGACCAUCGUUCCUCCCAUCUGAACAUUUGGAAUUCCUUAAGGGCCUGGACCAGAUUGACAGUUAUUCAAAUUCUCCACCCAUUAUACAUGAAGACAUGUGGGCUGUGCUGUGUCGCUUGAGACGGAUGAAAGUGGAAUGUGAACUGAAGGCAAAAUGCUGUGCAUUAGAGGUAGCUGAUUCAGAGCAUACAGUCAGUGUAUACCAGAAGCUAUUGGCAGGACAGAAGCAGCAUAUCACAACCUUGCAGGAUGAAAUCCAUAAAACAAGAGAGCAGUUACUAGAACUUCAACAUAAUACUGAGCUGCAGCUUGUAAUGAAACAAGGUCGGGUUGAAAUAAACACAACUGGAUUAAUAUCUGAUUUUGACGAUGCUAUAUUAAUCACUUGUAAACAAAUUGAGAGUGUAAAUGAAAUGAUUAAAAAAGCUGGAAACCAAAAGCUAGCAGCAAUGCAUAGGGCAAACAACUUCCAUCAAGGUAUUCUUAUUAAAGAAUGGGAACAUAAGAUGCUCAGGAUGGAGAUUGAGGCUCUGCAAGAUCAUCUUCAUAACUUACAGUCUAUAAAGGUGACAAGAGAUAUUCAAUUGUUCCUCAAUAGGCAGGCUGAGGACACAGAGGAUAAGACCAUUCUUUCACUCAAACAAGAGCUUGACCUACUUAAACAGUCACAUGAGAAAACAAUCCAAGAAAUUCAGAAGCAACUGGAUGAUUUAGAUAAGAAGAUUAGUACACAGAAAAAGGAAAAUCAAAGGUUGGAUAAUAAAGUUACAGACCUAAAUAUAGACAUUAAUGAGCAGCAAUUACUUCGAGAUUUUGAAUUUGAAUCAAGACAAACUGAAGCUGCAAAACAAAGGAUGACAUCAAUUGUUAGGCGCAGUAAACUAGCAGCCAUAAUUCAAAAACAGCAUAGUGAGAUAUUAGUUCUACAAAUGGAAUUGGAAUUACUCCGCCUGAAAACUUAUCCCACCCUCAUAACUUAAGACCGUAAUUUAAUCUGCUGUAUUCAAAUUAUUUUACAAAGACAAAUUACAGCACACAAUCCCACGCCAUAAUUUUGUAUUCAAGUCAAAUGAAAGAAAAACUGAUUAUGCAAUUUUAUGAGGUUAUAACACAUAGCAGAGUGAUUCUAAAUAAUGAAUGAGGCAUAUGUGGAGACAUGACCUCUAGAGGAAUGCCCC